GUCUGAAUAACACACACACACACACACACACACACACUCAAUCAUGUGAUUUCCUGUAGAUACAGAAGGGAGGAUUAAAGUGAAAGUGUUCAGUUGGUUCAUUUAGAGUGGACAGAGCAGAAGGAGGAGAACUGAAGGCUGAGGCAGGGUUGCCAACACUGCCUGACUUUAACAGAGAGCCACGAUGACAGCAGAGGACCUUUUGAACACUCUAGGGGAUUUAAAAGAUGAGGAAUUCAAUAUGUUUAAAUGGUAUCUGAAGCAGCACGACAUCCUGGAAGGCUACAAACUCAAGCUGGAGAAGGCAGAAAGGUGGGACACAGUGGACCUGAUGGUGAACGCCUUUAACCUUGAUCGAGCUCUGAAGGUGACCAAGAAGGUUUUAGAGAGGAUAAAGAGGAACGAUCUGGUGCAGAGUCUGCCAGACACCAGCUCAGGACCAGAAGGAAGUCAUUCUGAAGUUUGUCAGCAAAAACUUAAAUCUUACCUGAAGAAGAGGUUCCAGUGUGUGUUUGAGGGAAUUGCUAAAGCAGGAAACCAAACCCUUCUGAACCAGAUCUAUACAGAAAUCUACAUCACAGAGGGAGGUACUGCAGAGGUCAAUGAUGAACACGAGGUCAGACAGAUUGAAACAGCAUCCAGGAAACCAGACAGACCAGAGAGAACAAUCAGACAAGAAGACAUCUUUAAACCCUCACCUGGAAGAGAUGAACCAAUCAGAACCGUGCUGACAAAGGGAGUAGCUGGCAUUGGGAAAACAGUCUUAACACAGAAGUUCACUCUGGACUGGGCUGAAGACAAAGCCAACCAGGACAUACAGUUCAUGUUUCCAUUCACUUUCAGAGAGCUGAAUGUGCUGGAAGAGAAAAAGUUCAGCUUGGUGGAACUUGUUCAUCACUUCUUUACUGAAACCAAAGAAGCAGGAAUCUGCAGGUUUGAAGAGUUCCAGGUUGUGUUCAUCUUUGACGGUCUGGAUGAGUAUCGACUUCCUCUGGACUUCAACAACACUGAGAUCCUGACUGAUGUUACAGAGUCCACCUCAGUGGAUGUGCUGCUGACAAACCUCAUCAGGGGGAACCUGCUUCCCUCUGCUCGCGUCUGGAUAACCACAGGACCUGCAGCAGCCAAUCAGAUCCCUCCUGAGUGUUUUGACAUAGUGACAGAGGUCAGAGGAUUCACUGACCCACAGAAGGAGGAGUACUUCAGGAAGAGGUUCAGAGAUGAGGAGCAGGCCAGCAGAAUCAUCUCCCACAUCAAGACAUCACGAAGCCUCCACAUCAUGUGCCACAUCCCAGUCUUCUGCUGGAUCACUGCCACAGUUCUGGAGGAUGUCUUAAAGACCAGAGAGAGAGGAGAGCUGCCCAAGAGCCUGACUGAGAUGUUCAUCCACUUCCUGGUGGUUCAGUGCAAACUGAAGAACAUCAAGUAUGAAGGAGGAGCUGUGACAGAUCCACACUUGAGUCCAGAGAACAAGAAGAUGAUUGAGUCUCUGGGGAAACUGGCUUUUGAGCAGCUGCAGAAAGGCAACCUGAUCUUCUAUCAAUCAGACCUGACAGAGUGUGGCAUCGAUAUCAGAGCAGCCUCAGUGUACUCAGGAGUGUUCACACAGAUCUUUAAAGAGGAGAGUGGACUGUACCAGGACAAGGUCUUCUGCUUUGUCCAUCUGAGUGUUCAGGAGUUUCUGGCUGCUCUUCAUGUCCAUCUGACAUUCAUCAACUCUGGAGUCAAUCUGCUGGCAGAACAACAAACAACAUUCCUGAAAUCUACAUUAUUUCAAGACAAACAGAAUCUGAAGCAUCUCCACCAGAGUGCUGUGGACAAGGCCUUACAGAGUCCAAAUGGACACCUGGACUUGUUCCUCCGCUUCCUCCUGGGUCUUUCACUGGAGACCAAUCAGAAUCUCCUACAAGGCCUGCUGACACAGACAGGAAGUAACCCACAGACCAAUCAGGAAACGGUCCAGUACAUCAAGAAGAAGAUUGAAGAGACUCCUUCUGCAGAGAGAAGCAUCAAUCUGUUCCACUGUCUGAAUGAACUAAAUGAUCAUUCUCUAGUGGAGGAGAUCCAACAGUCCCUGAGUUCAGGAAGUCUCUCCACAGAUAAACUGUCUCCUGCUCAGUGGUCAGCUCUGGUCUUCAUCUUACUGUCAUCAGAAAAAGAUCUGGACGUGUUUGACCUGAAGAAAUAUUCUGGUUCAGAGGAGGCUCUUCUGAGGCUGCUGCCAGUGGUCAUAGCCUCCAACAAAGCUCUACUGAGUCGCUGUAACCUCUCCAAGAGAAGUUUUGAAGCUCUGUCGUCAGUUCUCAGCUCCCAGUCCUCUAGUCUGAGAGAGCUGGACCUGAGUGACAACAACCUGAAUGAGUCAGGACUGAAGCUGCUGUCUGCUGGACUGGCAAGCCCACACUGUAAACUGGAAACACUCAGAUUGAAUCACUGCAGGUUGUUAGAGAUCAGCUGUGAUUAUCUGGUCUCAGCUCUGAAGUCCAACCCCUCCCAUCUGAGAGAACUGGACCUGAGUGACAACAAUCUGCAGGAUUCAGGAGUGAAGCUGCUGUGUGGUUUUCUGGAGAGUCCACACUGUAGACUGGAGACUCUGAGAUUGAGUUGGUGCAGUUUGUCAGAGAUCAGCUGUGAUUAUCUGGUCUCAGCUCUGAAGUCCAACCCCUCCCAUCUGAGAAAGCUGGACCUGAGUUACAACAACAACCUGCAGGAUUCAGGAGUGAAGCUGCUGUGUGGUUUUCUGGAGAGUCCACACUGUAGACUGGAGACUCUGAGAUUGAGGGAUUGCAGUUUGUCAGAGAUCAUCUGUUCUUCUCUGGUCUCAGCUCUGAAGUCCAACCCCUCCCAUCUGAGAGAGCUGGACCUGAGUGACAACCUCCAGGAUUCAGGUGUGGAGCUGCUGUGUGGUUUUCUGGAGAGUCCACACUGUAGACUGGAGACUCUGAGAUUGAGUGGCUGCUGGUUGUCAGAGAUCAGCUGUGAUUAUCUGGUCUCAGCUCUGAAGUCCAACCCCUCCCAUCUGAGAGAGCUGGACCUGAGUGACAACAACCUGCAGGAUUCAGGAGUGAAGCUGCUGUGUGGUUUUCUGGAGAGUCCACACUGUAGACUGGAGACUCUGAGAUUGAGGUAUUGCUGGUUGUCAGAGAUCAGCUGUGAUUAUCUGGUCUCAGCUCUGAAGUCCAACCCCUCCCAUCUGAGAAAGCUGGACCUGAGUGACAACGAGCUGCAGGAUUCAGGAGUGAAGCUGUGUGGUUUUCUGGAGAGUCCACACUGUAGACUGGAGACUCUGAGAUUGAAGUCCUGCAGUUUGUCAGAGAUCAGUUGUGAUUUUCUGGUCUCAGCUCUGAAGUCCAACCCCUCCCAUCUGAGAGAGCUGGAGCUGAGUAACAACGACAAUCUGCAGGAUUCAAGAGUGAAGCUGCUGUGUGGUUUUCUGGAGAGUCCACACUGUAGACUGGAGACUCUGAGAUUGAGGGACUGCUGGUUGUCAGAGAUCAGCUGUGAUUAUCUGGUCUCAGCUCUGAAGUCCAACCCCUCCCAUCUGAGAGAGCUGGACCUGAGUGACAACAACCUGCAGGAUUCAGGAGUGAAGCUGCUGUGUGGUUUUCUGGAGAGUCCACACUGUAGACUGGAGACUCUGAGAUUGAGAUUCUGCAGGUUGUCAGGGAUCAGCUGUGAUUAUCUGGUCUCAGCUCUGAAGUCCAACCCCUCCCAUCUGAGAGAGCUGGACCUGAGUGACAACAAUCUGCAGGACAAUAUUCCACUCUAUAGACUGCAUACUCUGAGGUUCUUGAGUGAAAUGAGUGAUUUGGAGACAGAGGAGGACAGAUCAGAGUCUCCAGGAUCCAGCUGGUUUAAAUACAAACCUCCAGGCUUCAGUGAUGAACCUGGACCUUCAGACUUCAAGAUGGACGACAGAGAAAACAGGACUACACCUCACCAACAUGAAGGAUAUGGUUCUAAUCACCCACCAGAUCCGUCCAAAUCAAGCUCAGUCCUGGAUGUGUCUGAGGACAGCAGAGAGGAGAGUGUGGAUGAAGAGGAUCAGCUGUGUCCUGAUGAUCCAGAGAGGCUGAAGCAGCAACAGCAGCCUGUGUGUGGAGAGGCUCUGAAUACAAAUGACAAGUUAAGUUUCAGACCUGAACUGCUGACUGAGUCUGGAAAGAGUUCAUACAGGUUCAGGUGUCCUGGUCCAGGGUUGUUCCAGUGUACUUUUACUGGACUGGUGUUUGUUGUGGCUCAGGAGGUGGAGCUGCUUUACAGGACAGUCCAAUGGGAUGAGAGCCUCCUCCAAUCAGCUGGAAAGACGCCUGCAGGGCUGCUGUUCGAUAUCAAGUGUUCAGAGGAUGCUGCUCUCUGUCAGCUCCACCUCCCACACUGUGAAACAAUGGAUGUGGAUGGUCUGCUGCCUGAUGGUCUGUUGUCUGUUGUCCACAUCACUGAUGAUGGAAUGAGCAUCCUGGAGCCGCUGCAGAUUACAGACACUCAUGUGAUUGUUGAAGUGCAUCACCUUUCUAUCUUCGGCCUGAUCUGGGACAUUAUGAGGUUGUGGAUGAAAGCAGUUAGUGGCCAAGUUCUGCUGUUCCUCGGACCACCGAACCCAAAGACAGAAAUACAAAAACUGAAUGUGAUUCUCCUGCCGUGCAACAUCAGUCUGGACGAGGUCAGGAAACAACAGAAGAAUUAUCAAUACAUCAUGGCCACUUCCACAUGUGAACUUAUCAAAGGCGAAAGUUACACUGUUCACUGUCCUGGAGCCGUCAAAAUACAGCCCAAGAAAGCAAAUUUUGUCCUGGGGUUUGGAUCAAAUUACCACCCGACGUUUGAGAUCCGCCUGCCUACACACACAAAAGAAGUGACUUUAACGGUCCGAGACCAGGGACAGAUGGAAGUCUGGGAGCAUGACGUUGAUCUGAUUGAUCCGGCCCUACGUGAAGAAAAUCCUCAGAGUGGUUCACCAGAGAGCAGGUUGUUAUCAGUUCGGUCAGAGUUUGUCAGAUCAGUGACUGAAUCUGUUCUGAAACAGCUGCUGGAUAAACUUUUAGAACGGAAAAUUAUAAAUCAAGAAGAAAUGGAUUCAGCCAGAACCAGCAGCAGGGCUGACAAUGCUCGAACUGUGAUUGACAUGGUACGAAACAAAGGAACACAAGCCAGUUCCUUCCUGAUUGAGGGCUUGAGGACAUUGGAUCCAACCCUUUCCAACAAGCUGAAGUUGAGCUGAAGAAGAAAUGAGACUCCUGGACUGGAUCAGUGUGAUCUAACUGAUAAUUAUGAUGUUACGAAUACAUGUAAGCAACUUUGUGUACACUGUAAAAAGACUACUGUAAAAGUACUUACAGUACCAUUACUGGAUAUUAAUUUACAGUAGUUAUCCUAUUACUGUAUAACCAUUUACAGUAUUUAUUUACUACUGUAUAUUAAUUUACAGUAGUAUCCUAUUACUGUAUAACCAUUUACAGUAUUAUUUACUACUGUAUAUUAAUUUACAGUACCUAUCCUGUCAAGUAAGUUGAGAUCCCUGAUCUGCCAAAACCACAACGGAGCAUCUGAAUAACGCAAUGCACAGAGAUUAUAAUAACCAAAGCUGAUUGUAACUGAUUAUUUGAUAAUUAAUGAGUAUAAAUGCAUAGUAGUAAGAUCGAACUAUGGAACGUAAGGUCAAGAGGGCAAAUCAUGUUGAAGUGUUGAGUAACUAGGUGGAAAGGCACGUAGGCCACCAGACAUGUCUGGUGCGGAGAGAAAGGGGAAGUUGAGCGCACACAGCGGACACACAUCUUGUGAAGUUGAGCGCACACACAGGACCGUCUUGUGAGGAGCAAAAGAGGAAGUAGCGCGGCCCCGAACCGAACACCCUAGGGGGAUAAAAGGGGCUACACAAGGAGGAUCGUGGUUAGUCCUCGGCCGGCUCUCGGGUUCAAGACUUGCUGAUCGAUUGACCACAUCAGAGCAACUCAUCUUUGAACUUAGACUUUCAACUCAAGAGACAGAGCAACGAACAAGCCAUCAUCGCAGAAAGAGAAGUCCAACAACCCACAGCUGAGACGGGAGUGGCGGGCAGAGGAGGAUUAACCAUCUCCACCCGGCUUCAGGUUCCAAUUGAUCACCAAGGAUCACUCUUUCGUUCACCCUGCCAUCAGAGACCGCACUGAUCAGAGACUUUGCGGACUUUGAAUAAAGUCGGGAGUUUCAACAGCAACCAACAGUGCGGCAGGCGAGGAAGAACUGCAUCGGCCAGUACACCUCUGUAUCGGCCAGUACACCUCUUCCCUCUCUCUCUACAAGCUCGACAUUCAACCACUCAACUACAAGCCUUUUCAUCAGGGGUUUGAAUUUUAAACAAUUUUUACUUAUUAUUAUAAAAAUAGUUAAUCAUUAUUAGUGAAUGUGAACAAUCAAGGUUUUUGAAUCAAUUUAUGCUGUAUGCUGGCAAUAAAAUAAUGUAUUAUUUUUAUUCAUUUAUUAGUUAUUUUUAUUGCUAAAUCUUGCAAUAAAAAUAACCAUUGAAGUUAGAGAAUAAACUGUGGACAUUGGAUUUA